UGUUCUCUUCUGUGAUGUGAAAAAGCUGAAGAUCUGCAGCAUGGCACAGCUGAAAGAGAACACACCGACUCACAGAGGCGUCGUGAUCCCAGACAAUUGGCCGGGGUACCGUCUGGAUCUGUUCACCUAUCCGGCGCAUUACAGUGGGGAUCUGGACUGCGUCUACAUUCCACAUGGAGUCAUCAUGGACCGGACGGAGCGACUGGCGCGUGACAUCUUGGAAGAUCUGGGUGACCAUGACAUUGUGGUGCUAUGCGUGCUGAAGGGAGGCCACCAGUUCUGCGCCGAUCUGGUGGAACACAUUCAGGUGCUGAACCGCAACUCCAGCAGGUCUUUACUCAUGACUGUCGACUUCAUACGAGUCAAGAGCUACCUGAAUGAUCACUCGACGCCGGACCUCCAGAUGAUCGGCGCCGAGAGUCUGUCUGUACUCGCUGGGAAGAACGUCCUGAUUGUGGAGGCUAUAGUGGACACAGGCAAGACUCUGCAGACGCUGCUGACUCAUGUCCGAGCCUUUAAACCCAAACUGAUCAAAGUGGCAGGUUUGUUGGUGAAGAGGGUCCCUAAUCAAGACGUCUGUCUCCCUGACUAUGUUGGGUUUGAGAUCCCUAACCACUUCGUAGUCGGCUACGCUUUAGACUAUAAUGAAUAUUUCAGAGAUCUUAAUCACAUCUGUGUGAUGAGUGAAGAUGGGAAACAGAAGUACAGACUCUGAUGCCUCUCGUCCAGUGGCUCAGACCUGUAUACGUGUGUAUGUGAGAGUGAGUGUGUGUGUGUGUGUGUGUGUGUGUGUGUGUGUGUGUCCUCAUUAAGUGUUUGCUAAACUCAUCCAUUACACAAUAAUUGUACAAAAUUAUAUUAAUUUUAUUUCACGUAAAAUCGUAACAUAAUGUUUUAUACUGACGGGCUGAAGAUUACCGUAUUCUCUGGUGUAUUAGACCCCUCCCACUUUUCCCUCAGGCUGACUGCAGUGUAAAUUCUCAAUACUGCCCUGUAAUAACUGUAGUAGCAGGACUAUUGUAUUAUUAAUAAACUGAUGAUUUACAGUUAAAUUCUGCUGGAGGUGGAGGGGGAAAACCCCACUGAUCUUAUAAUCUAUAAAAUACGGUACACACUGUUUACAUGUUAACCUGUAUCAUACAUUUUACAUGCAGCUGAAUAUGUCACAUGUAGCAUGUCCAUUUCUAGUUAUAUGCUGAUUUUUGCGACUCUUAUUUGUCCAUAUGUUCAUAUACUGUGAUAAAAAUUACAUAAAUCAAGAUGUCCUGGCGAAAAAUUUAAUUGAUCUCAUUAUUGUAUAAAUACCUGCUCAAAUCCCCUCUACUGUCUAAAUGAAAAAACGUUAAAAACCAGAAAAGUAAAACAAUGACGAAAAGUGGUUCAGGAGGUUCAGAUACUUGACCUCAUCACGUAUUAUGUCACCUCAGUGGAAGAAGAAGUCAAAUACCCUUGUGUACACAGCUGUGUGUGUGUGUGUGUGUGUGUGUGUGUGUGUGUGUGUGUAUGUGUGUGUGUGUGUGUGUGUGUGUGUGUGUGUAUGUGUGUUAGUUACAUAACCACCUCCCACUCUCUGGUGUUUUGUUUUGGCUCAGGUGAAAGUGUGAGGUUUGUAGUUUAAUCCUGUGCAGGUUUCAGCAGUGUGAUUACGGUAAUCGUGUUAAAGCAGCGCUCGCUAAUAAAUAUCCACCAUGCUCUAUCAGCUAGCAUGUGUUCAGGAGCUAAGCGCUUCCAGGAUAAUGCAGCUAAUAUGUAACGGAAGUCUGUCU